AUGUCGUUUUAUGUCAAGUUGGUUGGAUAUUACAUAGCACAGACCCCCAGUGAUUCGCUAUUCACAGAAAAACCAGGAAUAAAACUGUCAUCUUCUGCAACGCAGGCAUAUUAUGCUUUAGAUGAGUUUGAAAAUUGGAUUGCUGACAACGUAAAACCUCCGAGCCCAUUUCCGCGAUUUGACUCUGCAGCCCUAUUUACGGACUAUACCAUGUUAGCGUACAACUCAUACGGCACAUACCAAAUAACUGGCCUUGCAAACAUUGGAGCAACAUGCACUCUCCGGGGAGUUUCGAUUAACAAGGAUUUUGGCCAAUACGCUACUAUUGAAACUGCUUCUCAUGAAAUUGGACACAAUUUGGGAGCUUGGCACGAUGGGUCGAACAACACAUGCGGUGCAAGUGACCAGUUCAUCAUGUCACCUGCUCCUGGAAGUCUCACCAACCAAACCUUCAACAAUCCGUUCACUUUCUCUCAAUGUUCAAUCAACUACUUUAGAAAUUACAUAGCUAAAUUGGACCAAGGCAACAACAACUGCUUGCUUAACGAAGCUUUCGAUGUUGAACCCACUGAUCAGGCUGGAUUCCUUCAACAAUAUCCAGGACAGAAAUAUUCUGUCGACAAACAAUGCCAACUUUUGUACGGACAAAACGCAUUCUACUGCGCGGGUGGCGGAGAAAGAGAUGCAUCAAUCUGCAGAGAGUUGAAAUGUUACGAUCCAUCGCAAGGCAAAUGCGUGAGCAGAGUGGAACAAAGAGCGUUAGAUGGCACAACGUGUUCCAACAAAUUUUGGUGUAUUAGAGGAGUUUGUGUGGCCGAUAACAGGGCUUCUGCUGCGCCCGCUUCGUGCAUCUAUGGUGACUACAAAGAUGUCUUCAACUAUCAGAGUGGAUCCAUAAGUUGCUCCUAUAUGACAUCCAACCUGCCCUGGAUGUGUUACGAUAAUUAUUACUCAGCUCUGUGCUGCACAUCUUGCGCAAAAAUUAGAAAUAAUAAAUUUCCAGGCUGCGAGUAUGGUGACCGAGAUAACACAUGUGCUUCAAUAUCUUCUCGCCAAUGCUACGACUCCAACAAACAAUCACAAUGUUGUGCUACCUGUUUGAAAAGAGAAUUGAAUUUGCCUGUUCCUAAUUGCAGAUACGGAGAUAAAGUUAGUUGGUGUCCAACCAUCUCAGCUAGUUCUUGCUACUCAUCAAACGAUUCUUGUUGCCAAUAUUGUCUACAAUAUCAAACCAAUAUUCCAGGUUGUGAUUAUGGUGACAAAAUGUCAGGGUGCACAUUAGAUGUCUGCCAAUACCCAUCUUACUUGCCUUAUUGUUGUAAGACAUGCCAAGCAUACAUUAGUACUAGUACGGCUAAAUUACCUAGCACCACAACAACCACAACAACCACGACAACUCUAAAACCGGUUUCUGCCAGUUGCCCAAAUGGCGAUUCAGCAUCGUGGUGCUCAACUAUAACAGCAGAUGCUUGUUAUGGAAGCAGCAGUACAUGCUGUGCUACGUGUCCAAAAUUUUACAAUCCAUCAAACAUAGGCUGUGAAUAUGGAGACCAAGCAUCUUGGUGCAGCACUUACGUUAAAAGUAACGUGGAGUGUCAGAAAAGUGAAGUUGCAAGUUUGUGCUGUGCCUCUUGCAAACAAUUCAAAUCUCCAAACUCAGAAACUCCAUCGUGUCCAUAUGGCGACCAGGCAAAUUAUUGUUCCUCUGUAAACUCGUGGGAUUGCUACAGCAGUAAAAGCAUUUGUUGCAUAUCCUGUGCAAAAUAUUUCAACUCCACUUUCAAAGGCUGUGAGUACGGGAACCAAGUACCGUGGUGUGAAUCAUACGUCCAAGGAAUAACUGAAUGUCAGAGACCAGAAGUUGCAGCAUACUGCUGUAAAACGUGCGCUAGCAUCAAGCCACAAUCUCUGCUUAGUACUACAGGUCCAGUGUGCUUAGAUGGAGCUGAUUGGUGCAACGGACUGUUUGCUGGUUAUUGUUAUGAUGCCAGCGUUGAAAAAACGUGUUGUGCUACCUGCAAGAAAUAUUUGAAUGGAAGAACUGGAAACUGCAGGUAUGGCGACUUCUACAGUUGGUGCAAACCAGAAUACUGCGCCAUGAACUCAGUCGAAUGCUGUUCAACGUGCCAAUGA